AUGACUCGCAUCCGGCAAAGUAAAGGCACCUUAUUGGCACAAUGUUACACUUGGAUUAUCCAAAGUCCCGAACUGCAAAGGUGGCAGACUGAAAGUGAUACAAGGUUGCUGUGGAUGAAAGGUGGCCCUGGUAAAGGGAAGACAAUGGCCAUGAUAGGAUGCAAAAAAGAUCAUGGGAAAGAUAUAUUGGAUGGCCCAAACGCAUUUGCAAUCCUUACGACUAUGCUUUGUCGAGUGCUCGAAGACGAAACUAUGGGUACUGUGUUUCUAUUGGUCGAUGCACUGGAUGAGUGCGACAACGGCAUGUAUUCCCUCUUGGACUGGAUUGUGAACGAGGCGUCGAGACCUUCAACAAAGGGCAAAUGGCUUCUUUCCAGCCGCCACAGUCCUGCCUUUGAGGACUACUUUCUUUCCAGUCACUGUAUGGCCUGCCGUAGCUUAGAUUAUGGCGAGGGAUGCAUGUCAGACGCUGUGAAUUACUCCAUUAAAUACAGAGUCAAACAGCUUGCUGAAAGAAAAAAUAUAUCUCUUGUUCUCCAAAAUGAGGUCGAGACAGAACUCAAAGCAAAAGCCGAGUCGACAUUCCUCUGGGUUGCAUUGGUCUGCCAACGUCUUCAAUGGAUUUCGCGCAGAAGACUGAAGAAGGAGUUGAAAGAAACACCACCCGGUUUAGAACUCCUAUACGACCGCAUGCUGCAGCAGUUCGAGAACUAUGAUGACGAAGAGGACAGGGGCAUGUGUUUGAGAAUAAUUUCGACGGUCAUCGUAGCCUGUUGCCCUCUAAAUUUCAAGGAGCUUGCUAUAGCCGCAGAACUUCCAGCAAAUAUCAUAGAAGAUAUUCAUCAACUCGUCGAGCUCUGUGGCUCUUUCUUUACCGUGUCGAACAGAGGAUAUUUACUCAUGGAGUCGCACUUGAGCACAGUGCGGUUCUUGAGCGGCUACUAA